AUCUAUUCCCACGGUGUAGAAGAAGAUUGUUUACAUUUUGUGAUUACUGAGCGCUGAACUUAGCUAGGUCCUCUUCACCGUUCAACAUCUUCAAUUAUGCUCGCUCUCGCUCAUCCGACAGAAGCUAGAACUAUCGAUAGAACUGGUGUCGACAGAAAUCUCUCAAGUUUACCUAGAACUACUUCAUCUUCAUCCACCGGUCGACCAAGUUCUAGCAGAGUUUCACAUUGGAAACCGCCAGCAUCGACAGCUCCCGCUGUAUUCCAGUCAUCUUCAUCCUACUGCCCACCAGUACCACGGAGAUCGACUUCUGCAUCUUCAGUUGUAACAAAAGACUCUUCUCCAAUUCGGCAUAACGCCGUACAGUCAUCUCAGGCAGCAUCCGAAUCGUCAACAGCCACAAGCAGAGCCCCUCCCCCUGAUAACCCUCCAAGAGCUGGUUCUCCAAUUCCUCCACCCCAAAUACAUGUACCAACCUCUGCUUCAUCUUUUGACGUUCACAGCUACCCCUCGACCGAUUUGCUUCGUCUCCUCGCUUCACUUCUCACCCAGAUUGCAUCCACCAACGAUGCAAUCUCUGGUUCAGACCCAGCAUCCCAUACUUUGGCAACUCUGUCACAUAACAAUAUAUCAGAAGACGCAUCUCGUUCCCCUAUUUGGCGUUCCCUCACUUCCGCCUCCCGUUCCUCCCUAUCAAACCCUGCAUCCGCCCUCACUUUCCAUGCUCGCAACAUUCCGACUAUCGCACUUGAAUCAUACCUCUUACGAAUACUCAAAUAUUGUCCAACUACAAACGAGGUGUUCUUAGCCCUCCUCGUGUAUUUUGACCGCAUGUCUCGCCUCGCCUCCGAGGCUACGGGGCGCACGUUUGUAAUCGAUUCGUAUAACGUUCAUAGACUUGUCAUUGCUGGCGUCACAGUCGCCAGUAAAUUUUUCAGCGAUGUAUUUUACACUAAUUCGCGGUAUGCGAAGGUCGGAGGUCUCCCCCAAGCAGAGCUUAACCAACUUGAACUCCAGUUUUUACUUCUCAAUGACUUCAGGCUCGUCAUAUCGCCUGAGGAGAUGCAAAGAUAUGCAGAACAGCUUAUCCUCUUUUCGCAAUCACAACCACCAGAAUCCCCUUCCGUAUCCCGCCCCGCAACUCCGUCACGCUCACAGCAAUCAACGUUUCAGACACGUUCAUCACCUGCCACAGCAUCAGGCCCGGCACGGGCUAUGGGUGCUAUUGAUGUAUAUGGUGGUUCAGUGGCGCCCAAUCGGACGCCCAGUAUGCGUGCUGUACGCACGCAUGACGAUGACGCUGCGAGCAUCGUCAGCACAGAAAACGAUACAGAAUCUGAAACAGAGGGUGGCUACACGACGGACGAUGAGCCCACGAUUCGGCCAAACAACUCUUCAAGUUCAAUCUGUGGAGACGCCGAGGAAUACGAGAGCGCUGGCGAGUUCCGCGCUACCACCGUAGAGCAGGGCGACGAGUGUAGCCAGAACAGAGUGGAAGACAAAGAGAGAGAACGAGGCGAUAUUACGCCGGAAUUGAAGGCCCGGCGGCUUGUACGAGAAAUUAGCGAGGAUAUUGGGAUGGCGAGCCCUUAGACUGUUACCAAACGAUUACUCCUGCGACACCUCCUAACCUUUGCUCCCGGGUAUAUGUUCGACCAGCCCGUAAUACUUCUUCAUACCUUUCACAGUGCACGCCAAUCACCUACAUUCAAAUCACGACAUUGCAGUCAUAUCGUACAGUAGUGUCUAUACCUCGCCUUCAAUUCAUAUUUUGGCGGUGUAUAUUUAUUUAGCAUGUGUCCUUAUAGAUUCGAACGAUGGUAUCGUUGCUUGCUGGCUGGUACUUGGUGCCGAAACCUUCUUUCUUGAAACUUUACAAUUUUCAAAUAUUAUACCCUACUUAAAGCUUGCUCUGCGUGCGUGCUUUUCUUUGACAUCAGACACAGGAUCUGCAACUAUCGAACAGGAAAAUUUGAAAACACGAACGUUCGCAUCUGAGGCGUUUUUAUGGUCUCUAACAGGUUUUAAAAUAUACGAACAUGACACCUUACACAGGUC